AAUCAUAGGUUUCAAAAUAACAUUUAUUACAGCCCUCCCACAAUCAUCAAAUAAAGGUCCACUGCAGUCCAAGAAACCGCAAACAAACACCCCAUCGGCAUCAAACAAGCGCGUCCAGUUACCCGAAAAUUCAGAUGACGCUUCGAAGAAAGUGGCCGAGAGUUCGAUUGCAGUGCCAAAGGUGGUGUCGCCUCAGUCGGAAAUUACCUAUUCGCAGUCCAAUCUGGCACAAACGGAGCAGAUAGAAAUGCCUCCAGCGAUACCAUCGCGGACAAUGCCUCCUCCUUCAGCUGUGCCCUGCAAGCCCCAAUUAAAGCCCAUCAUCAACCAACCUCAACUGCCCCAGCCAACACCUGUUGUAACUAACCCAAGAACAAUCGUAGGAGCCCGGAUCAUUCAACAACAAAAACACGCGUACUGCGGCAGUAAUGUCAACGACUCCGUUCCGGUCGUAGGGGAGCACUGCUCCUUGAUGUCACUCCCGCAGCCUCACUUCAGUGGAGCAGAAGCAAAUGCUAUGGUUAUCGGAGAUGUACAUGAGCCGCAGCAGCCAGAGCCCAUUUACUGCACUAUGGAAGACAUCUGUUUCCUACCUGAGCCAGUCACAGUACCAGUUAAUUUGGACAACCAUCUGAUUACAGAUAAUACUGGAUCGAUUAAAUACGAGGAAUUGAAGAAUGACUUGAAGCAUUACAUCCGAACGACAAUGGAGGAAGUGGUUCAAAAAUGCUUCCAUGAGCAUUUUUCCCGACUAACGGCAUUGUCCCAGAUGAACACGAAGACUACCACCACGCCUGUUUCGAAUUCAGAAGACGAUCCGGUGGAAAACCAUAAUCGAAUUGAGAACGAGGUCCAACUUCAUGAUUGGAAUGUGAAGCUGGCAAAUGAAGAACUUUGCGCAAAAUAUCUUGUCUAUUUCACGCGAAUAAUCCCACCCAACUCCUACGCCACCAAUGGGGACAACGCAUGCUACACGAUUGUUGAUUGCCUGUUCACCAGAGACUUUUGGACUCGUUUUACCUGGACAGGAAUUAGUCGGGGACAGAAGUCGAAACGAGGAUUCAGGGAAUUUGGUAACGUUUUGAAGUUGCUGGAGGACCUGGUGCGUAUCGGUGAUCCUACAUAUAGCGCAAAGAAGUUAGAGGACUUCUGUAGGACGCGGCUGUUCCGGUACAGUAGGUCUCGGAGCUCAAACAAGCAACUGCGCAAAUCUGCAUGCCGCCCAGCACGCAAGCGUAAGGCAGAUAAGGUUGCCGAUGAUCAGAUGCUCUGCGAAGUUAAAAACGAAGAACCCAUCGAGCUAGUUGAUGAUGCUCAAAUCGACAGUGAUGAAGAAUUCGAACAAGACGAUCAGGACGAGCCAAUCGAUGAGGCAGAUGAGGCUGACGAAGAACCUGAUGAUGACGAUGAGUAUACUGCGAGUGGUGGACUAUCUGAUUAACAAACGUUUAACAGCAUCUGUGUACUGGUUUACAUAUAUUUGAGUAUAAAUACAAAACUGAAUUCGAGAGCAAAUACAUUUAAGCAUUUAUUAAAGUUCACACAACAGAAACAAAUCUUGAAACUUAUUAAAUAAUGGUAUGCAUAAGUGGAACAAAUACCACACCUUCCUUUCUUGGAUUAGCUACCAACUUACAAAAUAUGAAAUCAAUAUCAAACAUUUUUUUCCCUGAGAAUUCUGGUUCAGCAAUGAAUACUUGUAAGUAGGAUGAUUUGAAUGGCUUCUCAAAAAAGUUACUUUUCGUUUUCACUAUCUGUCCCUCGACAAAAUACUUUGAAUCUGUUUUAACAGCUUUUGAGAAUGCUACAAUAGUUUG